AUGGCCUUCAGCAUUCCCUCGGUUAACAUCCUUCCCCGGCUCCCGCGCUGGGUGAGCCACUGGUUUGGCUAUCGGCCGACACCCCCCAAACCAUUGCCGCAGUAUUUGGUCUGGAUAUGGUCGUUUUUUGCAGCGUUUUGCGGUUUAUGUGUGUUGCAAGCGAUAUUCAAUUACUCGUCGUAUUUUGAGCGUCGCCAUGUACCAGGCAUCGUCGCGUCAUUUGGCGCCUCUGCCGUCCUCUGCUACGGCGCAAUCGACGCCCCCCUGGCCCAACCCCGCGCCCUAAUCUUCGGCCACUUCCUCAGCGCCCUCGUCGGUAUCUGCGUCACAAAGCUCUUCAGCCUGAUGCCCGAUGAAGAACGCUUCAACUCGCUGCGCUGGCUAGCAGCUUCGCUUUCCUCAGCUGUCGCCAUCGUAGUCAUGCAGGUCACCCAGACCACGCAUCCGCCGGCGGGAGCAACAGCUCUUCUUCCCGCUGUCGAUGAUGCUAUCUGGGAGCUGUCGUGGUAUUUCUUGCCUGUGGUGCUGCUGUCGUCAGUGAUUAUUAUGGCUGUUGCGUUGCUAUUGAAUAAUAUUCAGAGGAGGUAUCCGACUUUCUGGAUUGCGCCGAGUCCGCCGCCGAAGCCUGCGCCAACGCCGGUUACUGCGCCGGAGCAUCAGAAAGAGCAUGCAGAAGAGGAAUUGGGUGGAAAUACGCUUCUUCCUCGGUGA